AUGGUUACGGAUGGGGAAACGAUGCGCGAAUAUUUUGUACGCAAUGCGGAGAUAUUCAGUAAUCGAUGGCGUAAUUACGCAACCGACUUCUUUAUGGAUGGUACAAAUGGUAUAAUUCAAAUUGAUGGCGAUAAAUGGAAGCAGCAACGGCGCUUUGUACUUCGAGUAUUACGAGAUUUUGGAGUUGGAAGGAUGUUAAUAGAAGAGCGGAUUAUGAUGGAAGUUGAAAUUUUCAUCGAUUAUAUGGAAGCGAAAUGUACUGUGCAAGAGGUGGACAUAUGCGCAAUGCAUGCCGUUUGUGUUGGCAAUAUCAUUAAUAACAUAUUAUUUGGUUAUCGUUUUCCACAGGAACACGUGAAAAUAUUCAAUAGCGAAGAACCUCCAGAGAUCACAGAUUUCACAUAUGCGUAUCUCUCAGAAAUAGAUCGUAGAAAAAAGGCCGGUGAGCCGACCGAAUAUUUUAGCGAAUGGCAAUUAACAAUGCUACUAUUGGAUUUAUUUUUUGCUGGGAUGGAAACAACAGUGACAACAUUAAAAUGGGGAUUUCUUCUUUCGAUAAUUCACCCUGAUGUACAAACGAAAGUUCAAAAUGAGUUGGAUGAAAUUGGAAACAGAAUUACUCUUGCUGAUAAAUCAAAAUGUUCAUAUACAAUGGCUACCAUUCAUGAAAUCCAACGUCUCGCUAAUAUUUUGCCCAUAAAUUUAUUGAGAACUGUAGCGGAAGAUGUCGUUAUGGGAAAAUAUUACUAUCCAGCUGGAACGCUUUGUAUCCCACAAAUUUCAAUAGCAAUGAAUGACCCAACAAAUUUUGAAAAGCCUAAGGAAUUUCGUCCGGAACGUUUUCUAGAAGAUGAUGGAUUCACCCUUAAAAAGCAUGAUGCAUUUUUUCCAUUUUCUAUUGGCAAACGACAAUGCCUGGGUGAAUCAUUAGCGAAAGCCGAGCUAUUCCUUAUUUAUGCCAACCUGAUGAGGCAUUACCGUUUCCGUACCGUGCCAAAUAAGCCGAAUCCCUCAACAAAACGACUUUUCGGUCUGACAACCUCACCACCUCCAUACAAAUGUGUUGUGGAGAGAAGGAUAGUUUAG